CCCCCCUAGUGCAGUUUAACAUUUUGGCUGCUACGAUUGGUCAGCAAUCUGAGAGUCUCCUAUCCAAUUGGUGGAAAGACACAGGGAGGGACGGUUGUUCUUGGCCGAUCUUCCGGCUUACAUGUUGGAAAAAAGAAAAGACGAAUGGAAAAAAUUGUAAUCCACAAAUCGACCAUUGCCUAGUACUUCCACGAUACGGUUAUAGUUAAAAUGAGCUCCCAGCAAUUCCCCCGACACGGGCUGCCUGCUUCCGGCGGGGGAGCCCCUCAGAUCCCCGCGGCUGGAAACCUGGUGUCCAUCAAUCAGCAGUCAAAUGCAGCAGCAGGUCCAGAUGCUGACAGCAGUUGGGAUGCUGAUAGACAGCAGGAUCAUCCACCUGCUGGGGGCGGGGGGGCCUUGGCGUCCAGAGAUGAGAAGCAGGAGACCAUGGUGGUCAGACCCUACCCACAAGUACAGACACACGGCCAGCCACAAGCUGCCCCCCAAACUAUGUCCAUCCAGCCUGGCACUCCUGUGACUGUGCCUGCCCCCCCUGUGCACCUCCCUCAGGGCCAGCCUGCAAUCCUCACAGAGGGGCAGAUGAAGGCUGUCCUGAAAUCACCAAUGCCAAGUCGUCUUAUUGCCCCAGCACCAGCUUCAAACCAGGGUCAUAUCCCCAUCCCCCCCAAAGUGCCUGGUCAUUUAACUGUCACCAUGGAAAGCGGUAUGCCUCCAACCCAAUCUAUUCCUGUGGCAACUAUCAGCGGUCAGCAGGGUCACCCUAGCAACUUACACCACCUGAUGCCAGCAAGCAUUCAAAUCAUACGGGGCAGUGCCCCUGCUCUGCAGGUCGGGACCCCUUCAGUCCCCCCCCAGACGUUCACAUCCCAUUUACCCCGAGGGGCUGCUGCAGCAGCUGUUAUGUCCAGUUCCAAAACGGUCCUGCGGCCGGCCACAGGAGCCAGCGCGGGCCCCGGGCCCACAGUGCAACACAUCAUACACCAGACUAUUCAGUCCCGCCCUGCUGUAACCACAUCUACAGCUGUGCUUCCAACUGUGGUGGCCCCCAUUUCAGUUACCAGAACCCAGUCACCGGUCAUCAGCCCGACAGUCACACACUCCGCAGAGGUGGCCCAUGGGCGUCCAGGGCUGACCAUUCACCCCCCUCCCCCCACGGUCAGCAUUCAGAGGUCUCAGACAUCCCGGGACAACGCCACGCGGAUCACUCUGCCGUCCCACCCGGCCAUUGGAUCUCAAAAGCCUCAGCCUCCGCACAUGAUACAGAAGCCCAUGUUCAGUCCUGUGACACCAGUAGCUGCAGCUACUGUGGCUCCAAUAGUUGCCACUAACACUGUGCCAUCAACAACCACAAUAGGCUGUGUUCCGCAUUCACAAAUGAACAGUAACACUAUUGUCACCAUGACGAUGGCAUCGCACUCCUCUCAUGCUACAGCUGUGACCACCUCGGCCAUCCCUGUUGCUAAAGUGGUCCCUCAGCCCAUCGCCCACUCUUCAUCUCGUGUGCAGCCCGACUACCCCGGAGACAGAGCCAACCUCAUCCCCAUCCCUGGCCAUCGGCCAUCUCCUAACCCCGUCACCAUGGAGGCCAGAAGUGACAUCAGGCCGCCUGUGCCCGUGCAGUUCCAGUAUUUCCUACCGGCAUACUCCUCUUCGUACCCUCUGGCACACACCUACACGCCCAUCAGCAGCUCGGUUUCUACCAUCCGCCAGUACCCUGUUACCCCUCAAGUUCCUAGUUCAGCACUGCCUACCCAGGCUGGAGUAGGCGUGGCGACUACCGUCCAUCUGAACCACAUGCAGCUGAUGGCAGUGGAUCGCAUCGGUCUCCCAUCCGCACAAAUCGGAACCCAAGGGAUCCAGCCAGCACCAAUCACUGCACAGGGCAUUCAGCCUACACCUAUAGGAGUCCAGGGCCUGCACACGUCCGCCCCCAUCGGCACGCAGGGACUACAGCAGGGCCCCAUGGUCACUCAGCAACAGCAAGCACAGUCUGAAGCAAAACCUGGGGUUGUUUUGGCCGAUGGCUUUGUAGCCAGCCCCAUCAGCAGCACAUUCAGCUCCACCCAGCCAGUUGCCACCAUGGUGCAGGCACACGCCCAGGCAGGGGUAGGAGGAGCCCCCACCCUGGUCUCCUCCCCAAGACCCAGCAUCCUCCGCAAGAAGCCCGCUAAUGAAGGGGAAGCCGCUGGGCGACCCCACGCUGAGCUCCGCCUCUUUCUGGGGGCUGAAGCUGCUGCUGUGCCCCGGAAACACAAACUGAGAGAGGACCUUCCCUCCCUCAUCAGGCCCCAAAACCUCCACACAGCCCAGCAGGGGUCCCGUGCCCACCUGGCCCCCAACAUCCACCACUUGACCCCCCAAAUCCACCACUUGACCCCCAACAUCCACCACCUGGACCCCCAAAUCCACCACCUUGGAGGGGGAGGAGAGACAUCGCCCUCCAAACCGUGGUGCGGGGCCAUUUCGGGGCCGGAUGCCAGGAUAAGAGGGUCCACGGUUUUGGGGAUGACGGAGGAAGAGGAGACGGAGUCUAUGGUGAGAAUCCCAGCGCUGACCAGAGACAGAUCCAUGGAGAAAGUGCUGUUAGAGACUGAGCCGACGGGGAUGCUCACUCCGAGAGCCGUGGGGGGGGCGGGGCCUCCGGGAACAGCUGAGAACAAAGAGCUGAGGUCCAGAGAGNCCUCCACUGUGCUCUCAGCGCUGCCGGCAGCCAUGGCUGUGACCCCCCCCGUCGCAGCUUCAAUGGCCAACACUGUGGCCUCCCCCACCCAGCCUGCGGCCAGCAGCACUGCAGCCUGUGCUGCCAGCUCCACCUGCCCAGACCUAAAAAUCAAGCAGGAGAUGGAGAGCAUGGACACCUCGCAGCCAGAUCCCAAUGCAAACUUGUCAUCAGCCCCUGGCCUCACCCAGGCCUCCUCCCUGAGUGCUCCUGCCUCCGCUGAUCUGAUCCCUGGAGCCUCCCCCAGGAAGAAGCCCCGCAAGCAGCAGCAUGUCAUCUCCACGGAGGAGAGCGAGAUGGUGGAGACCAACAGCACCGACGAGGAGAAGGCUCCCGGCAGGCCCAUCACCGGCCGGGCGGAGCGGCGCGAGUCUCCCCCCAGAGAAUAUGUCGAUGAGGAAGGAGUGCGUUAUGUUCCGGUGAAGCCCCGCCCUCCUGUCACUCUGCUGCGGCACUACAGGAACCCCUGGAAAGCUGCCUACCACCACUUCCAGAGGUACAGCGACAUCCGGGUCAAAGAAGAGAAGAAGGGCAGCCUGCAGGAUAUGGCCAACCAGAGAGGAGUGGCAUGCCGAGCACAAGGCUGGAAAAUCCACCUGUGUGCUGCACAGCUCAGGCAGCUGUCGAGUUUGGAGCAUGAUGUGUACAGCCGCCUCUCCACGCUGCAGGAGGGCCUGAUCCCCAAGAAGAGGGCGGGCUCUGAUGAUGACCUGCACCGGAUCAACGAGCUCAUACAGGGUAACAUGCAGCGCUGUAAGCUGGUGAUGGACCAGGUGACCGAGGCCAGAGACACCAUGAUGAAGGUUCUGGACCACAAGGAGAAAGUGCUGAAGCUGCUCAACAAGAACGGUGCGGCGAAGAAGUCCUCCAAACUGAAGCGCAAAGAGCGGGCGUAAGCUUGGACCCUCUCCUCUGUCCACAACCAUCACCACCCCCCAUCUCUGAAGGGGGGGUGCUAACAAUUUGGUGCUAUGAUUUGCUGCAUACAAUCGCACGCAGCCUCCCGAUCUGCCUGAGCAGACAGUGACAGGAGGGCGGGAGGAAGCAGACGAGCGCAUCAACAACUGGUUCUCAUUCAAGCUCCACACACAUGUUGAUUGGGAAGCAUUGUAGGCUACAUUAGAGUGGCCAACUGGUCCUUUUUUUAUUUUGUUAAAUAUUGAAGACCCCCAGAGACCAUUUUUACUAACCUAAUUCCUGCCUCUCCUUUAAGACAAUGUCAGAACUGUGUGUCUUUUAAUAUAUGUCACUUAAUGGAGUUGCGGUUAAAAACAAACAAAUAAAAGUGAUGUAAGUAUUUCAGUUAGAGUGGACCAGCUGAGAGUUAUUGAAUGGGUCAAAUCAUUUGAAAAGGAGUCCUCUCAUUAGCUGUGUAUACAGACUAAUCUCACACAUGCUCUUUUCAUUAAACUGUGCCUUCAUUUAGUCAGUAUCCUUAAACUAGAAGAAAAUGUCAGCUCAAUUUCACUGCUUCGCCUAUUCUCUGAAAAUAGGUUAGUUAAUAUACUGUGGGUAAACACAUUUGAGAUUUAAAAAGUACUAGAUGUGGCAAAUUGAAUUGAUUUAAUGUCCAAAAAAUGCUGUUAUAGGAUCAAAAGUGUCCUAUUAUGAUUAUCUGAAUGCUAAAACACAAUGCCAACUUAACUUCACAUUUUAAACGGCCAUGAAUCAUCUACUUUCACCAAACUAAGAAAAAACUAUAUUUUGAUUUGGUGUCAGAGUGAAGUGCUUGAAAGAGAGUGAGUAUCAUAUUGGUGGAUUGAGUUUAUGUAAAUCACUGUAAAUGUGCUUUUGGUUCUUCAUUGACGUGCAUCUUUUCAAAUGUUGUACUGAAUAAGCAUUUUGUGCAGUGCGGCGUGUGCCGCUUCAUUUUGUGUAACGAUAAUGACGUUAUGAGAUGAAGCACCCUGAAACAUCCAGCUAUUGUACAUUGUUUUUGUCUGUGUAAUUAUAGUAAAGAUACUUAAACAAUAUGGAAACAAGUGUUAAGUCUUUACCUGUUUUUAACCCCUGUUUAUAAAAGUUGCUCUGAUGUCAAAAAUAUUCUUGUCAAAAAACAGCCUUCAAAUAUUUUGUCUUAAUAUUAUUUUCCACUUUUAUAAUUAAAUCUUUUAACCAUC